GGGUCUAUGGAACUAACCUAAUUCCAGCCUGACCAUAACAUAACCUGCAAUUUUUAUCAACAAUUUUGAAGAAUUCAAGUAUUCAGAUACUAUUCCUUUAAUAUUUUACUGCAAUAAAUUGGUUUUACUAUGUCUGCAAAAGAAGUGUUCAUUGAAUUAAAACAAAUUGGUUGUUGUAACCGAUGUUGUUUACGUUUCUUGGGAGAGAAGUAUACAAAUUUUGAGGAUCCUGAAAAUUCCUUAAAAGAAAUAAUUCCAGAUUUGAAUGAAGAUCAAAUAAAAAUCAAAACGUGUCCAUGUACAGCUUGUUUAGGCCUUUUAGAAAAUAGUGUUUUAGAAGAAUUGUUGAAACUUUCUUGUUGGCAUGAUAUUAAAUCUCAUGAAACGAAUGUUUACAAAAUCAAUUUUGUUAUACCUCCUAAUAUAGCAAUCAGGGAAAAAUCUAUACAAUUAUAUGUUAAACAAAAAUUUGGUGAUUUUUUCAAAGCACAUAAUUUGGAAGAGAAUAUAGCAAAUAUCAAUGUUGUAUUUAAGCAAGCAUUUAAGUCUAGUAUAGAUAAAUUUUGUGGUAAAAAAUUUGAUAGUCAAAGUACAUAUCAAUUAUGGGUAACAUUACAUCAUGAAAAUAAUGAAAAGGAGGUGAAAGUACUGCAACUUCUGGAUUCUUUUACUUAUAGAAAGAGGAAAUACUUGGGAGAUAAAGUUUACGGCAAGAAUGCUGUUAACAAUACAUUAUCAACAUGUGAUGAGCAACUCUUCAUUAAGUCUUUUCAAGUGCCACCUACUAUUCCCAAGUCUACUAUUCAAUUUGAUUCUGAGGUGAAAGUGGAAACAUUACCAAUAUUUUUCUGUGGAAGAUACUGUAAAUAUUCGAGGAACAUAAGCCAAACUCCUUGGCAUUUGGAUAACUCAUGUGUAGAUAAUGAAGAAAUAAAUGGGUCAAAUCUUAAAAACGAUAAAGAAAAUAAUGCCUUCCUCAAUUGUGUGCAGGAUAUCAUAUUUGAUGGAAUUCAUGAAGUUUUUGGAUUUGACAAGGAAAAAAUGACUUUCACAGCAAGUGGACGAGAGGACACUGAUGUCAGAUGUCUAGGUAGUGGGAGACCAUUUUAUGUGAAAAUUGAUCACAUAAAUAAAAAUUUUCCAGGAGAAAUGUUCAGAAAAUUGGAAGCAAUUGUGAAUAAAUCUCCAGAGGUUUCUAUUUUUGAUAUGCAAAUUACUGAUAGAAAUGGAACAAAAGAAGUUAAGUUUGGUGAGGAAAAGAAAAAAAAGACAUAUAUAGUUUUAUGUCUAGUGAGAGAUGACAGUAAAAUUGAUGAAAUUAUAACAAAAAUUAAUGAAUUAGGUUGUAAAAAUCUAGUAAUAGAACAAAUGACACCAAUUCGUGUAGCACAUAGAAGAUCUCUCAUUGUAAGGACAAAGCAUAUCCACUAUAUGGAGGCGGUAAGAGUAGAAGGUCAUAACAAAGUUUUUCAACUGAAAGUACAAACACAGGCAGGCACUUAUGUGAAGGAAUUCAUUCAUGGAGAUUUUGGUCGGACAACUCCUUGUUUAUCUAGUUUGCUAGGAGCUGAUGUGGACAUAUUCCGUUUAGAUGUUAUUGGAAUAGAUUUGGAUUGGCCUAAGCACAUUAAUAGUAUUCCACACCCUGCAUUAGGGACAAUACAUUGUUCAAAUUCAAUUAUUCCAGAUAAUCACAAAAUAAAUGAAUCAAUGAUAAAAAAUAAUGAGGAUGAGGAAAUGAAAGAUUGCCUGGAUGACUGAAAACCAAAUCAUAUUGAAAAUUUUAUUUUUGUUGUUUUUUAUUUGAUGAUUCUUUUUUGGUUGUUUUAUUUUUCUCAUUUUAUACUAUUGUUGAAUGAAAGAUGUUUGAAAAAUAAAUAAUCAAUAAAAUCUUCCAAAGAUGACUA